AUGAGUGCUGCAGAGAGCGAGGAAAUUGUAAAUAAAAGAGGAAAAUUCAGCUCGCCAGUAUGGCAGUUUUUUGGAUAUUAUAAGUCUGACCGUAGUCAGACCAAUGCCGUCUGCAAAUUAUGCAAGACCGUCGUCCCAGCCAAGUCUGGUAAUACCACGAACCUGAUGUACCACCUUAGCCGCGCUCACCCUUUGGAGCACAGCCGUAUUCAACCAACAACAUCUGUAGCUGCAACACCGCACAAGCAGCAGACGACCAUGGAGAGGUACUCUGCAUCAGUGCCUUAUGACAAAGAAACAAAACGGUACAAAGAUAUUACGGAGGCAGUGGCAUAUCAUAUAGCCAAAGACAUGCUUCCGUUUAGCACCGUUGAGAAGUCAGGUUAUAAAAAACUUAUACACGUGCUUGACCCACGCUACGUUCUUCCUGGCCGAAAGUACUUUUCUAAGACUGCCAUUCCUAAGCUGUAUGUAAUGUGCAAAGAAUCUGUACAGCAAGAAAUAUUGUCAGCAAAGUACUUUGCAACAACCUCUGACCUGUGGUCAAGCCGUACUUCUGAGCCAUAUAUUAGCUUGACCAUUCACUUCAUCGACAAUGAAUGGGGUUUGAAAACCAGAUGCCUUGAGACUGCAUAUUUCCCCGAAGACCACACAGGAGAAGUGAUAGCAGAAGGCUUGAAGGAGGCACUGUUGUCCUGGGGUCUGAUUGAAGACAAAAUGGUGUGCAUUACCACAGACAGCGGGGCAAAUGUAGUGAAGGCGACUUCACUGAACAACUGGACACGGCUGCAGUGUUUUGGCCAUCGUUUGCACUCUGCUAUUGGUGCUGCAGGGAAAGAUAAAAGAGUGGAGAGGGCUGUAGGUGUGUGCAAGAAAGUGGUAUCUAGCUUUUCUUACUCGUGGAAGAAAAAGAGUGCGCUCUCUAAAGCACAGGAACGUCUCAAUCUUCCCAAACACCAGCUGGUCACAGAGUCACUAACCAGGUGGGGCUCAAGACAAAAGAUGGUGGCAAGGGUCCUAGAGCAACAAAAGGCCAUCACUGAAGUUCUCUCUUCUGACAAAAACAACAGGCACCUGAUCCCAACGUGGCAGGAUAUUGACGUCCUGGAGUCAAUGCAUGCGGCCUUAACUCCUCUCCUGGAGUUCACAGACUCCCUUUCUGGGGAGUCAUAUGUGACGGUCUCAUACGUGAAGCCUGUGCUCCACCUUUUCCGCUCUAGUUUGCUGAAAGUUAAUGAUGGGGACACUCAGCUCACAAAAGAGCUGAAGACAAAAAUAAUGACCUAUCUUGACGAGAAAUAUGCUGACCCUGACACAGAUGAUCUCCUUGACAUGGCUACCUUUGUGGACCCUAGGUUUAAAGGCCGAUACAUCAGACCAGGGAAGGUAGGGGCCAUUCAAAUGAGAGCUGUGUCUGAGAUCAUGGAUGAAGACCAGGGCCAAUCACAGGCAGGGCCUUCUGAGGGAGCAGCAGACCAAGGUGCAGAAGGAGGAGCUAUCAGUGGACCACCUAUGCCACUGGGCGUGAAGAAGCAACGCAAGUCAUUGGGGAGCUUUUUCAAAAAACAGUGCCAAGAUGAUGAUGCUUUGCCUCUCACUGAAAAACAAAAAGUGGAGAGUGAGCUGGAAAGGUACCUGAUGUGCCCCGAUGCAGACAGUGAGUCUAACCCUCUGGACUGGUGGAGGCUACAUGAACACAACUUCCCCAGAUUGUCUCAGCUGGCGAAAAAGUACUUGUGUAUCCCAGCCACCAGCACCCCCUCAGAAAGAAUUUUUAGUACUGGGGGUAAUAUUGUUACAUGCACCAGGGCAGCUUUAGACCCAGAGAAGGUCAACCAGCUGGUGUUCCUAGCACAAAACCUGGACUGAAAAUAUACUUGAAUAGUUCAGCUUCAAGUAUGAUUACACUUACAGUAAGAAUAACUUGAAGAGUUGCCUUUUAUAUUUCUGCUUUUUUUUUUAAACAAUGUUACUGGUACUGUAUCAGGUUUGUUUUUUAUAUUAUAGAUGUACCUCAGUCAGU